UUUUUUCCCAAGAGGGACAACUUGAACGAUUGGAUGCGACGGUCACUGUGUCACUUCCCUUGCACUCAUUUUUGAUAGAUCUUCUUUCGAUAACCCAAAGGGAAAUCGUCUCAUUUCCCUUGCUUUCUUUGAACUAUAAGAGUACGGUACAAUAGAAGUGCCAGCCAAGUACCAGCCACCGGUAGCAUCGAAACGACCAGUUUCAUACUCCUCUGUUGUUCCUUACCUGAAGAAUUACAAGCUUUCAGAUUAGUGACAAUCAUGUCCAAUCCUCCUGUGGUACCACCACCAGCUCGUCCGAGUGGAGCCUCGUCCACUCCCUCUCAUCAUCGAGGACCCCACGAUGUGGCCAUUACCAUUGACAAUGAUCAUGAUCAUCAUCAUCAUAAUUCUGUCUUGUACAAUCGAUUUCGCCACGCAUCGGAACGAGAUGUGGAUUUUGACCACGAUGUGUUGCAUCGGGGCGUCCGCGAUGCCGGACGGUGGGCGUAUGGAACCAUUUAUGUGGAAGUCUGGGUCUGGAAUGAACACAAGACCCGUUUGUUUCGACCUCCCGGUGGAUGGUGGCUCGAUCCCGUCUUUCAUCAGCAACAACAUGCUCGUCUCGAACAAAAUGUCGAUGGACAACAAACCACCAGUGGUACCACUACUACUGAGUUGAGUCAUCGCGAAGAUUGUCCACUCUGUCAAUUGACCGAUCCCACGUUGAAAACAUAUGUACCGGCACUCCCACUGUCCAUUGGAGAAGGACUUCCGGGAGUGCUUUGGGCCGAACUAGAAGGGGCCGCAACCAGCACAUCCACAGAGCGUCCUAGUAACUCCGGCGCUUCGUCGCGACGACGGGCGUCUAUAAGGGACUUGCGUGUUCCGCCACAAGAACGUCCUCUAGUAUGGCGACAAGUCCAAUCGAUUGCCAACGAUCCCGAUCAACCCUUUAAUCCCCGUCUUCAAUUGAUUGCCGCACAACAAACGGCCUCGCAAGUGGGAUGGGCGGCCGCUGUCAAAUUCAAUGACGCUCAUGGCGGUUUGGUCAUGUACUUUGCACGCUCCAACAUUUCCCUGGAACGACUUCGCUAUCCGACCAAUGAACGCUAUCUUCGCCAGUCGGCGGCGUUUAUUGGAUCGGCGUAUGCCUUAAGACAACCGCGACAGGCGUGUAUUGCUCUGCGCAAAGAAGAAAUGCAUGCGGCUGUCAGUCAUGUCAAGGAGAAAAUUCGAGAAAUUGGACGAGAAGCACUGGCGGCUAAAUUGAUGAAACCAACAACAUCCAAACGACCCACUACAGCAGGCACAACAACCACAAUUCAUCCAGAACAUCCACCCGAGACUACUACAACAUCUACUACUACAACGUGCCAAGACAAUCGCGCCUGGCAUUUCGUGUCACACCAUUGGACUCGUAUUCUGCGCAAGUUGCAAGGAGGCAACGCUCAACCACCCCCCGGGUUUGGAUGGACCCAAACGGCGUGGACAUUUACGGGCGUCUUUUUGACACUGCUUAUGCUGACACGGACCAAUGUCUGGAUCAAGGAGAUGUGGGGGGACGACAAAGUCAUUGUCCUGGGACCUUUUGGAGCCCUCAUGACACUCAUGUACGGACUCACACAGGCGCCGGCAUCGCAACCGCGUAAUGCCUUGUUGGGACAAACUCUUUCCAUGGCCAUUGCCAUUGGUGUCUCGGAAAUACCUGACAUGCCAAGUUGGAUCAAACAGAGUUUGGCUACGGCACUCGCUGUCACGGUCAUGGUCAAAUUGGGUAUUACCCAUCCACCGGCCGGAGCGGCCGCACUCUUGUUUGCCACGGGAAACUUUGGAUGGUACAAUUUCUUGGCCUGUCUGAUUGGCAAUGGUCUGGCGGUGGGGGCCGCAACGCUCAUUAAUGAUUUCAAUAUGGAUCGACAAUAUCCGACCUAUUGGGGAAUCAGUGAUUACAAGGAAAAGGUGCAAUCUACACUCUUUCGAUACAGUAAAGUGGACAGUAGUGAUGAGCAGGAAACUACGAAGAAAGAAGUGGAGAUGCCCGAAAUGAAAAAGGCUUGAAAUGGAAUGGGAGCAAAAAUGAAAGGAACCAUUCGUUUUUACUUGCGUGAGCCCAAAGAAGCUCUGUAAAAUAGGACCCAAGAAUUGGUACUUGUCUGAUUCAAGUGCGAUUUAUGCUUGCCGGCACUACAUUAGCUACUAGUACCGGUAGCUAGCUAGUAGUACCGUUUCAAGGGUUUGCUAAAAAUACGGUACGAUACUGUACGCUUAACCAGUUCCACGCUCCGAAGUCUUCCACGUUCACAGGUCCAGGCGGGAGUCCAAUUAAGCCGUCAGAGCCAGAAAUCGAGGUCGAGUCUCAGUCUGUCGCGGGAGUCAAGCCCGGCCGACGACUGGCGAUUUUGUUUUCUAACAAAACUUCCG